CGGCUCUCAAAAUCACUCUCCAGAGUGCCCGGGAGUUGGCGACGAUAGUGGCCAUGGCGCGCGCGCUGGCGGAUCUAUCCGUGAACUUGCAGGUCCCCCGGGUCGUCCCCAGCCCGGAUUCGGACUCGGAUACGGACUUGGAGGAUCCGAGUCCCCGGCGCAGCGCGGGUGGCCUGCAUCGAUCACAGGUCAUCCACAGCGGACACUUCAUGGUGUCCUCGCCUCACAGCGACUCGCUGACCCGGCGACGCGACCAGGAGGGGCCCGUGGGGCUCGCCGACUUCGGGCCGCGCAGCAUCGAUCCGACACUCACCCGCCUCUUCGAGUGCUUGAGCCUGGCUUACAGUGGCAAGCUGGUCUCUCCCAAGUGGAAGAACUUCAAAGGCCUCAAGUUGCUAUGCCGGGACAAGAUCCGGCUGAACAACGCUAUCUGGAGAGCCUGGUACAUUCAGUAUGUGCAACGGAGGAAGAGCCCAGUGUGUGGCUUCGUGACCCCUCUGCAGGGGUCUGAAGCAGAUGAGCACCGGAAACCAGAGGCUGUCGUCCUGGAGGGUAAUUACUGGAAGCGGCGCAUUGAGGUGGUGAUGCGCGAAUACCACAAGUGGAGAAUCUACUACAAGAAGCGGCUCCGUAAGUCCAGCAGAGAAGGGGAUUUCCUGGUUCCCAGGCAGGUGGAAGGUGGGUGGCCGCCACCAGAGCGAUGGUGCGAACAGCUCUUCUCCAGCGUGGUGCCUGUGCUGCUUGCGGGCUCCGAGGAGGAGCCUGGGGGCCGGCAGCUUCUCGACCUGGAUUGCUUCUUGUCGGACAUCUCCGACACACUCUUCACCAUGACACAGCCCAGCCCCUCGUCCCUGCAGCUGCCCCCAGAAGACACUUAUGUCGGCAAUGCUGACAUGAUCCAGCCGGACCUGACGCCGCUGCAGCCCAGCCUGGAUGACUUCAUGGAGAUAUCAGAUUUCUUCACCAAUUACUGCCCCUCUCAGACGCCCACAUCUUCAAGCUUCCUGGAGCCCCCCAGCUUUGGCCCCAUGGCUGACUCCCUCUUCGGCGGUGGGAUCCUGGCCCCACCUCCAUCUCCGGUCUCCUCUUCCUCCUCCUCAGGGAUGACCCCUCUCUCAGGGAAUACACGCCUACAGGCUCGAAACAGCUGCUCUGGACCUUUGGAUCCCAGUUCCUUUCUGAGCCCUGAAUUCCUUCUUCCUGAAGACCCUAAAACCAAGAUCCCACCUGCUCCUGUACCAGCUCCUGUCCUUCCGUAUCCCACCCCUGUCAAGGUGCAUGGCUUAGAGUCCUGCACCCCCUCUCCCUUCCCCACAGUGGCUCCACCUCCCACUUUGUUGCCAGAAGAGCCUCUCUUCUCUGCCAGGUUUCCCUUCACUGCAGUCCCUCCUGCUCCAGGAGUGUCUACACUUCCUGCACCCACAACCUUUGUUCCCACCCCACAGCCUGGCCCUGGCCCUGGCCCUGGCCCUGCGCCUUUUCCCUUAGACCAUCUGCCCCAUGGGUACCUGGAACCCGUCUUUGGGCCUCACUUCACCGUGCCUCAGGGUAUGCAGCCCAGAUGCAAGCCCUCCUCCCCAACCCCUGGGGGACGAAAAGCUAGUUCACCCACCUUGGCCUCUGCCACCGCCAGCCCCACUGCCACUGCCACUGCCAGAGACAACAACCCCUGCCUUACACAGCUGCUCAGGGCAGCCAAACCUGAGCAAGCACUGGAACCUCCAACUGUGCCCAGCACCCUCCUCCGACCUCCAGAGUCCCCGCAGGAUACAGUCUCUGAAAUCCCCCGUGCCCGUGCCUUUUUCCCCCCAAUACCGGCCCCUACACCACCCCGGCCACCUCCAGGCCCAGCCACAUUGGCUCCUCCCAGGUCCCUGGUUGUCCCCAAAGCAGAGCGGCUCUCACCUCCAGUAUCCAGCGGCAGUGAGCGGCGACUAUCAGGGGAUCUCAACUCCAUUCAACCCCCCGGGGCACUGAGCGUCCACCUGUCUCCCCCUCAAACUGUCCUAAGCCGGGGUCGAGUAGACAACAACAAGAUGGAGAACCGACGCAUCACACACAUCUCCGCGGAGCAGAAGAGGCGUUUCAAUAUUAAGCUAGGAUUCGACACCCUUCACGGACUUGUGAGCACGCUCAGUGCCCAGCCCAGCCUCAAGGUGAGCAAAGCAACCACGCUUCAGAAGACGGCGGAGUACAUCCUGAUGCUGCAGCAGGAGCGGGCGGCCAUGCAGGAGGAGGCGCAGCAGCUGCGGGAUGAAAUAGAGGAGCUCAAUGCUGCCAUCAACUUGUGCCAGCAGCAGCUACCUGCCACCGGGGUGCCCAUCACACAUCAGCGCUUUGACCAGAUGCGGGACAUGUUUGAUGACUAUGUCCGGACGCGCACCCUGCACAAUUGGAAGUUCUGGGUAUUCAGCAUCCUCAUCCGACCUUUAUUUGAGUCCUUCAAUGGGAUGGUGUCUACCGCAAGCUUGCACAGCCUCCGCCAGACCUCACUGGCCUGGCUGGAACAGUACUGUUCCCUGCCUGCUCUCCGGCCAAGUAUCCAUCCUGAAUUCCCUUCGCCAGCUCAGCACUUCCACCAGCAUCCUCACCGACCCAAGCCUCGUGCCUGAGCAAGCCACACGAGCAGUCACAGAGGGUGCCCUGGGCAGACCAUUAUAAUCCUGGUGAAGGUUUCCGAGCUCCAGGAAAAAGUUGUGGACACGCCCGCCCCUAACGAUCCUGACUGGCCCUUUCCCUGCAGAUCUGGCAGGUUCCAAGUAUUCCACUCCUUGGGGGUGGAGAAGAACCUGCUUCCACCCCCUGCACUGUUGCUAAUGCUGUGAUCCCUGGUGACUCGUACCCCAUCUUCUGACCUCCCUUUAUUAACAGAGGACCCCAAAUGCAUUAGCAGCCGCGGCACUGGGGACCUAAGCAGGAGCUCUGAUGAGAGAUGUCAGUCUGUUUCCUCACAACUUCCUGCUUUGGAUAAAAGGUGCCACUCACCCGCAGUUGCUCAACGGGGAGGGAGAACAGGAGAUUCCCUCUCUUUGCCCCUGCACUAGUGACAUGGGGAGCCACAGGGUGGCUUCCUGGGUGAGACCACCGAGGUCUGAUGCCAUGAGAGAUCAGGACAAGAGGUAGCCAGAGCGUGGCAGGCAUCUUGCAUGAAUGUAGAUGUGUGUGUGCGUAUGUGGGUUUUAUAUAAAAAAAAAAGUUCUUGAUCAAUAAAAGCAAAAAACAGUCUGCAAAGA